GCCUGUAAGCCAGAUCCAACCAGCAGGAACACCAUGGAUGGUCACUCUCCUACCACGUGGACCCUAAUGAUCAUUUUGUGCUUCGCAGGCACUUUUGCAGAUGAUAACUCAAUUACAGCCAGGACAACCGAUGGGAAACUGUUUCUACAGUGCCCUGGGGAUAAAAAUGAAUGGUUAAAAGAUCAUUAUAACAUCACCGAAUCAUUUAACUCGAAAGAAUUACCAUUGGGUUCUAUAUGGGACGAUCCUCGUGGACUCUACACCUGCGAGUCAUCUGCUGGAACAUAUCAGAUUGAAGUCUACGUUAGAAUGUGUCAGAACUGUGUAGAGCUCGACUCUGGGACAAUAGCCGGGUUCUUGGUGGCAGAUGUCAUUAUGAUUGCACUCAUUGCUGUGGCUGUGUAUUGCGUCGCUGGCACAGAGGCACGGAGACCGGCGCGAGCGUCUGAUAAACAGAGUCUGAUCCCAAAUGAGACGCUUUAUCAGCCGCUUCGGGACCGGCAAGAUGACCAGUACAGCCAACUAAACCGCAGAAAGAACUGAACUUGCUACCAUCUGAUUAAGAAUGAUGAGCCCCUUAGAGGGACAGAAAAAAACCCACAAUGUCGCUUUAGCUGGAAAAUUACUCAGGAGAGUUUAUCCUACCCAAUAGUUGCAUGAUUUAUACUUUUUAUAUGUUUUAUCCUUCUUGUAAAACUCUAUUUUUAUUCUAUCGUACUCAAAGUAAAUGCAAGAAACUAGCGGAAA